AUGGCGAGCUUUAUUUCUUCGGGUUCUCUCGAACAAAAUCCUGCUCAUUUCGUUGCCCAGAUCACCGCUCUGGACUCUUAUCAGUCUCCGCCAUUUGCCUAUCUGGACAAGCCAUAUUCCACCGUUAAUGGAGAACCAACAGAUGAGAAGUUGACACAAGUGCCUAUAAUAAGAGUUUAUGGAAAACUACGAACUGGUCACACGUGUUUAAUACACAUUCACAAUGUGUUUCCCUAUCUGUACAUACAAUACACGGGACCUAAAGCUGCUGACCAAAUAACAAGAUGGCUGAUCCAACUGAAGGACGAAAUCAACCUUCGGAUGUUUCUCUCAUUCCAGCGUGGCAAAAUUCAGCGACCAAAGAAACAACGGAAGAAAGAUGGAGGAGAUAGAGGAGAUGGCGAGAGCGACUCGGAUCAAGACGUGGAUGAUGCGUCAGAACAAGACGAGGAUGACGAGGAACCACUCAUCAAGAUGAGGGCUUUCAUUUCAGAUAUAUCUUUGGUCAGGGGGGUUCCCUUUUAUGGCUACAAUGUUGGCUGGGAUGGGUUUGUCAAGAUUUCUCUGGUUAGCCCCAGGUACAUACGAAGACUCACCAAUGUCUUGCAAGAUGGCAAAGUAUUUGGAAGGCCCAUUCAGCCUUUCGAAACUCACGUUCCCCUCAACUUGCAGUUCCUGAAAGAUUAUAAUCUCUAUUGCAGCAAUUGGCUUGUUUUAGACUCCUGGUUCUUCAGAGCUCCGAUUGUGGGUCUCAAAGGCGAUGAUACUGCGAUAUUCAAUCGCAUCAAAUUCACAGACUCUCUGAGGACGACAAUUCUCUCAAAAAUGGUCACCGUCUCCGGAACUGACUGCUACAAUGUUUUGGAUGAUAUGAUAUUCCCGCGAAUGGGCUCUUCCAUGGUUGAAGUGGAUACCACUGCUAUCUCUAUUGUGAAUCUUGCUCAAACAUCUGAAAGGCAAACCCAUUCCAAUUUUAUUGAGUACAAAGCAUUUCUUCAUGGGAGCCAGGCUGAGAACAUGACAUACAUAACCUCGACCAAAGAAAUGAUCAAGGAUGCCAUGUAUCAGCGCUCAGUGAAGAAUUUGAAAGAUGCUGAUAAGGCAAAGAUGUUCACUGGCUCACAGCGUAACUUCGAUAGAGUGACGUGGGUGGAGAGAGAUACCCUGAAUGACCUCUUCAAAUACUGCUGUGAAAUGUCGAAGUCAGAGUGGUCCAAAAAGUUCGAUAAAGAGCCCGAGACAUCAGAUAUGUUACCUCCCAGACCAUAUUUGAAUGAGUUUCCAACCGCAUUUCAAAGUAUUGCGAAACUGGCAUACCAUAUGGAAAUCAAUAAGUUUAUUUUGCUGCCACGCUCAAGUUUGGAUGCGUCCCAACUUCUUGAAUCAUAUGCUCAGUCUCAUUCGACGCAGCCCGUGCCAAUCGAGGUACAUGUGCCCCAGAAAAGGAAGGACACCGUACCUGACCAAACUUCUCAAUCGCAGUCGCCCGUAUCGAAUGUUUCUGAUGCCGAUUUAUCUCCUGCAACUAAAAAACUGAAGACAGACUCGGAGGGAGAACCCACAGAGCCAGCCACCACUAGCCCAAAGAAGCAAUUGUCAUUUCACAUCACACCAGAGGAUGCGGCUGAAGAGUUCAUUGUGGAGGAGAUUGAUAGAGAUUGGACCAUGCUCAGGCAAACGCAAGCCUCUCCUGUGCUCUUAAAAACAUCAAAUUCUUUCAUGCGCAAAGCAAAUGGCACACCAGCAGCUAAAGUCGUAAGAUCACUAUUCAAAGAAGAGCAUGCAUUUUUUCCAAAAGAAGAAAUUGUUGCAGAGUAUGUGGGACUGCCACCGGCCAAUCUUGACAACUCCGGUUUUCUCAAGUCUUUGGAGACAGAACAGGGUCUUUUGCAAAUAGAAUAUACGGAUCCGUUCUACUCAAAUGAGGACCAUGUUCCACAAAGACCUUUUCUCAGUAGUGGAAAGAAAUUCGUUCUGAAAAGCGACUCAAUUGACAAUUUGAAGCCAUACCACUCCAUUGCCGUUCCAGAAUCAUCAGUGAAUGCUAGACAGAUGAUUUGCUCUUUAGAGAAAAAACUACAACCACCAAAAGUCGCUAUCUUCAAAUAUGUUGAUGGCGUCUUGCCCUCGUAUGAAAACGUUCAGACAUGGUGCAAAGAGAACUCUAUAUCCAAAACUCAGUUCUUCAAAUCUCAGAUAGAGUUUGCUACUGCAUCCAAUGAGUAUGGUUUCAAGUACAAAUCUCUUGAGAGGCAGACCCCACAGCUCCAGAAAUCGUUCAACGAUAUGACUGUACUGAUGGUCGAGACACACGUGAACACGAGAGACAGGUUGAACCCUGAUCCUGAACACGAUCCAAUAGGGGCAGUUUUCUGGAGAUUCGAUCCCAGCAGCAUCCCCUAUGACCUUAGUAUCAUAAAUCAUGGCUGUUUUGUUCUCAGAAGUGAAUCAGAUUGUUUGACAGAGAUGGAUGAAGCUUCUUUUCCAGGAUUGCUUUCGACUUCCGUACAGAUAUGUGAAACAGAAACAGAAUUGAUUGAUGAGUUGGUUUGCCUGAUCUCUCUAGUUGAUCCUGAUGUUUUAUGUGGAUAUGAAAUACAUGCUUCUUCCUGGGGCUACAUCAUAGAGAGGAUGGAUCACGCCUACGGGUACGACUUUUUAGCCAAGAUCUCCAGAGUGAACGAAAAGCACUUAAACAAAUCUAAAGAGAGAUGGGGAUAUGUAUCUGGUUCGGCCUUCAAGGUAACAGGUAGGCACAUUCUCAAUCUAUGGAGAGCUUUGAGGCAUUCUGUCAAUCUAUUGAAAUAUACCUUGCAAAAUGUAUGUUUCCACGUUUUGCAUGAACGGUGUCCUCAUUUUGAUCAUCGCCAGCUCACAUCUUGGUUCAAGAAAGGAAGCAUACAAGAUUGCUCGUUUGUGAUCAACUACUAUACCCGGCUUCUUUCCUUGACUGCUGGUGUUCUCGAUAACCAGGAACUUGUGAAUAAAGCCACCGAGGAGUCUAGACUGAUCGGGAUCGACUUCUAUUCGAUCUUUACGCGAGGCUCUCAAUAUAAGGUGGAGGGCUUACUUGUUCGUAUAGCAAAGGAAGAAAACUUCAUGCUCAUUUCUCCAAGCAAGAAACAGGUGUUCAAGCAAGCCCCAAUUCAAUGUAUUGCGUUGGUCAUGGAGCCGGAAAGUGCUUUCUAUAAGAGCCCACUUCUUGUCUUGGAUUUUCAGUCGUUAUACCCGUCAAUGAUUAUUGCAUAUAACAUAUGCUACUCCACAAUGCUGGGGCAGCUCAGAGGGUAUGAUGGGAAGAGUGCUCAACAACUUGGUGUUGGUAAGGUCAAGCUCCCUCUUGGUUUUCUUGAUCUGAUGAAAGAUCAGAUUACGAUCACACCAAAUGGGGUGAUGUUUUUGAAGCCAAGUGUACGCAAAUCUUUGCUAGCAAAAAUGCUGACUGAAAUCCUCGACACCCGGUUGCUAAUUAAGGACACACUAUCUAAAUCUAAAGGAGACUUGCAUUUGGAGAGUCUAUACAACAAUCGUCAGCUGGCUUUGAAGUUGAUAGCCAACGUCACCUACGGAUACACCUCUGCUAGUUUCUCUGGCAGAAUGCCCUGUGCAGAAAUUGCUGACAGUAUAGUUUCUGCCGGAAGAGAGACAUUGAAUAGGGCCAUCCGUGAGAUUGAGAAGAAUAGUGCUUGGGGUGCCAAGAUCGUAUAUGGUGAUACUGAUUCAUUGUUCGUCUAUCUACCGGGCAAGUCAAAGGUUGAAGCAUUCACAAUUGGUCGGCAGAUGGCUGACCAUAUCACAUCUAUCAAUCCAGCUCCAGUCAAACUGAAGUUUGAGAAAGUUUAUCAUCCUUGUGUUCUGCUGAGCAAGAAGCGCUAUGUGGGAUACAGUUACGAACACCUAGAACAGAAAGAACCAAAGUUUGACGCAAAGGGAAUAGAGACUGUCAGGAGAGACGGCAUACCUGCUCAGCAAAAGAUUGUGGAGUGCUCUUUGAGAAAGCUUUUCGAAAGCAAGGAUAUCUCCAAUGUGCAGGAUUAUGUCGAAACCCAGUUUUGGAAAAUCAUGAAUGGGAACUUCAGCAUUCAAGACUUUUGUUUUGGAAAGGAGGUGAGAAUUGGGACCUACAAAAAUGAGAUACAUGCUCCUCCGGGGGCUAUCAUCAGCAAGCGACUUAUGGAACAGGAUCACAGGUCCGAACCACAAUAUAAGGAAAGAGUACCAUAUUUAGUGGUCAAAGGUCGAAAAUCAGCCACUCUGCGAGAGCGGUGUUUAACACCGGAAGAGUUUAUAGACCGACAAGGGCCAGAUGCGUUAGAGUUGGAUUGGAACUACUAUAUUACAAAGAUGUUAAUACCUCCUCUUGAACGAAUAUUUGGCCUCAUGGGCGUGAAUGUGAGACAGUGGUUCCAGGAUAUGCCAAAAAUGCUGAAAGUGACCUCCAAAGAUCCUGCUACGACCGGAAGGACCACGAUCUUAAGCUUUGCCAAAACGUUGAAUUGCUUAAUAUGUGGACGUCAAAUAGCCGCAGCUGACCCUGGUGUCUGCGACAGCUGCCUUUCGGACAAAAGUGAGUCUAUUGUGAGAUUUCAUUCUACCCUUCGAGAGCAUGAAGCAAAAGUUCUUGAUAUCCUGACGGUGUGUAGAGUCUGUUGCUCAAUCUCACACAACACGAAACUAGGUUUAAUCAACAUUGGGGCUGGUCUCAAAUGUGACUCCCAAGACUGUUCAAUGUACUACACCAGAAUAAAGUCAUUGAGAGAACUAGAUCGAGUGCGUGCUGCCAAAGCCCAUCUACUGAGUCAGAUUGAUUGGUAA